UUGAACGUAGCGCGUCUCCACGAACGAGAUAAAAAGAGAGAAAGAAGGUGAAACCUUUGAGACGAAACGGGUCAAAGGUGCACAGAGAAGAAGUCAAAUACUACGGUGAUGUUGGUGAUGCGAUUGACGGUAGUCAGCAUGACGAUCGACGUCUGCGAUGCAACGUGAUCGCGGCGACAGAGCUUACGUGACUUACGUCCGCGUCGCACCGAAUUGCCGAUCGCGAAGAAGAGGAUCAUCGAUGUCGCUAAGAGGUGGGAGAAGGUCACGGUAGAGUUUUCGGCCAGGAGAGAAAGAAGAGGGGGAAGAUCAACGUUGAACGUUGAACAGCGACUCCAAUAAGUAGGAAGGGCGUGUGACGACCACGGGUAGAUACCAAAGAAUCCGACGUGCACGUGGACCAGUGAUGAUGACCCUUUCGCGAAAUCAAAAGUGUACCGGUUCUAGUUACUAAACAAGUAGUUGGUGCCGGUCAUAUAUAUUCAGAGCGUGCAGUGCUUCCGGCACGCUACCUCACACCUCUGGUCAUAGUGGUCAUACGUAAACAAAAGUCAAAUAAAAUAUAUAUGCAUGUACAUUAAACGUACUUAAACCUCCGUAAGUGAUCCUGAAGAUGUAUCGGGGAACGACAUUAAUCCUGUUGUGUCUCUCGAUGACGCUAUCGUACUCGGAGUUAUUCAGUGCUGAGAAACUUAGGCUGUACGCGAAGCUUCUGAAAUUUAACACAUUAAAUAUCAACGAAACCGGAAACGAGCUCUGGCACGGGCUUUUUAGGGACUGCAACAAGAGAGUGACGUUUUCUUGCAUACAAAAAAAUGCGUACACAUAUCUCGAUAAUGCAUUUAUCGAAAGGGACAAUAUCACCGUCUUCGAUGGUCUUGUACUUACGAAAAACAAUAUCACUUAUGAUACGUGUUCCAAGACAGAAAAUCAUAACGAUGUUGGCGAGAAUCUCGUGGAUGUCGAUACGAAUGACUGUGAUGAAAAUAAAGCGGCCGAAGAAAUAAAAACACAAGAUCGGAUGUUUAAUGACGAAUCGCCACUCGAAGAGAUCACGAACGCUCUGCGACGAAAAACAGUGAAAUUUUUGUCAACGCGUAAUUAUGAAAUUCAACUUCCGCAGUUUUACUUUGAGGGUACUACGGUGAAGAUAAGUCCGCGCGAAAUAGACGAGAAUGGCGCUCUUAUCAGGAUAGACUUUGGAACUAAUGGUGUAGAAGAGCAGGGACGAAUUUUUAAGAAAAUCAAGAAGUUCAUAACGGCUAAAUUGUUAACCAGCUUACUGGCGCUUCUUUUAAUUAUCAAGCUGAUUAAAGUCAAGUUUCUAUUCAUAAUUCCGUUCCUCUUCGGUGUGGGCGCUGCCAAGAAACUUUUCCUAAAACUGCUGCUGUUCUUCAUUCCCGCAUUCGCUCACAUAUUCAAGCUUUGCUCCAGCUACUAUUCGAACCAUGGCCCCAAGUUCCAUCACCAUCAUCAUCAGGUAGCUCAUCACCAUCAUCACGUGCCAGUUCCUGUACCUGUCCCAACGUUUUACGAGCAUCCUCAUCAUGAUGAUACCACUUUAGACGGUUUCGCCGAUUACAGCCAUCCUCAUCAUAUUCAGUAUCGAAAGGAUUUGGAAGAACUGAAGGAAUGGGGUAUCGAGCCUCUAAACGAACCCUACGAAGAAUCCAGUCAACCUAUAAAUCGCGUAGUCCCGGCUCCGACCUCAGCUUCGGGACCGGUGUAUUCGGGCUCAUACGGAUUGCCUCAAUAUGCGCCGAACGUGAAGCCGAUCGCGUCGUCUUAUCUGGACAAUUCAGUUGCGGCUAAUGCUCACAACUUGGCCUAUUCCGCAUACCGACGACCCGUAGCACAGCCAACUUCCGCUGUAUUCUCGAUAAGUCCGGGCCUCAUGCCCGGUGCAAAGGCACCGAUGAAGAACCCUUACGCGGUAUUUGCGCCGAACAUACGCCCGAUUCACCAUCAGCCUCAAAGGUUCUUGACACCUGUCGCAAGUGCCAAGAGUUCCUCUAUUUCGCGACAGGACACGGAAGACGAAUAUUACGGGCCGAUAAUCGCUCGGCUGGAGGAUAUCUUCGGGCAGCUGAGAUUCCAUGGGGAGACGUGCAGAGAGAUGCUCGUUUGCAGCAUGUACAAAAAUCCGGCGGGCUAUUCGCCGCACAGUAACCUCGUGUCGAACGAACUCUCCAGAGAUCCGCAAGAACUCAGGCGUGAUAUAACAGAAAGUACGUCCAGUCAAAAGUUCUACAGAUAUGUGAACGCAGCCAGACACGGUCAAGAUGGUGGAGAUUGCCUUAAAACGUAUCCCUGUCAUAGUAAUGUUGAAUAAAUGUCCCGUAACGUAAAAUUUAUAUCGACUCGCAUAAUCUGCAAUUAAAAUAUAACAGAUAUUACAAUCCUGUAUAAUACUGCUGGACAUAUAUACAUAUACUUGCUCAAUGAGGCCGAAGAAAUUACAUUAGAAGCUCAGCGUCGUAACGUUGCGUAAUAUCUUUAUAAGAAAGACCGACGAUAUACUGCCAUGCAUUAAUUUAUGAAUACAUGUAUGAGACGUGUGUGAAGUUGUAUGAACUCUAAUUUUCCUAUUAGAAAAGAAACUGGGGUGCUCUGCGAAUAGCACCCGUCGUACUAAUACUAGCAAUUAAUUUAGUUUAUAAAAUGCUGAUCAAUACGUUGAACGUAAUAUAUCUUAUUGUAAUUUAUGCCAAUUUUUCAAAUUUUAUGACCGAAUUUAGUAAGGAGUAAAAUCGGUGAAUUUUGUGAUGGCGUGUCAAAGUUUUUAUAGUUUAUUGACGCGUUGUCAGCAAGAUCACUGUCUCCAAGAAUAAUAUCAUUAUUAGAUAUGAUUAGAUAAUAAGAUUCAUACAAUGUUGGAUUAUGUGGCAUUUUAUGAGUUAAGCGAGCUUUAUAAUUUUUAGAUAAUUUUUCAAGUAAUACAGAAAUUCAUAAUAUUCUAUGAAAUU